CAAUUGGCCAAAACGCGUGAACUGCGCAGGCGCGCGGGAUUACUCACUGGUGCUCCUCUCGCGAGACACGGAACGUCAGCAUCAGCAUGGCGGUGCUCCUUGAAACGACGCUGGGUGAUAUUGUGAUUGAUUUGUUUACAGAAGAAAGACCCAAAACUUGCCUGAACUUCCUGAAACUAUGCAAGAUAAAAUACUACAACUACUGCCUCGUCCACAAUGUACAGAGAGAUUUCAUUGUUCAGACUGGAGACCCCACUGGGACAGGCCGAGGUGGAGAAUCUGUGUACAGCAAACUCUACGGCGACCAGGCCCGCUUUUUUGAUGCAGAGAAAGUGCCGCGAAUCAAACACAGGAAGACUGGGACAGUGUCCAUGGUGAACAAUGGAAACGAUCAGCAUGGUUCUCAGUUCCUUAUUACUGCCAGCGAGAACCUGGACUAUCUGGACGGGGUUCAUACUGUGUUUGGGGAAGUGACAGAAGGCUUGGAGGUCCUGAAGAAAAUCAACGAGACAUUUGUUGACAAAGAUUUUGUCCCUUUUCAGGAUAUAAGGAUAAAUCACACAGUGAUCCUGGAUGACCCAUUUGACGACCCUCCUAAUCUGCCGGUGCCUGAUCGAUCUCCUGAGCCCACCAAAGAGCAGCUAGACAGUGGGCGCAUUGGAGCGGAUGAGGUGAUCGACGACACGGACGGGAAAGGAGCCGAGGAACUGGAGGAGAGGCUGAAGGAGAAAGAGGCCAAGACUCAGGCUAUCCUGCUGGAGAUGGUGGGCGACCUCCCCGACGCAGACAUGAAGCCUCCAGAGAACGUACUGUUUGUCUGCAAGCUAAACCCAGUGACCACAGAUGAGGACCUGGAAAUCAUCUUUUCACGCUUUGGCUCCAUUAAAAGCUGUGAGAUCAUCAGAGACUGGAAGACUGGAGACUCCCUCUGUUACGCUUUCAUUGAGUUUGAAAAGCAAGAGGACUGCGAGAAGGCUUACUUCAAAAUGGACAACGUCCUCAUUGAUGAUCGACGUAUCCACGUGGACUUCAGCCAAUCGGUUGCGAAGAUCAAAUGGAAAGGGAAAGGAGGGAAGUACACUAAAGACGACUUCAAAGCCUAUGAGAAGGACGUGGAGAGCCGAUCCAAGCUGGCUCUCAAGGAUCAAAUGAAGCCCAAGCAAGAUUCCAAGUACGACCUGCUAAUGGAAGAGGACGAGGAGGACGAGGCGACGAGCCAUCGGCACUCUGAGAAGAAACACAAGGAGAAGAAGCACCAUCAUCAUUCAGAUGACGAGGACAGCAGGAAGUCCAAAAAACACAAGGACAGCGAGGAGAGCAGGCGGGACAGGAAGGCAGGCCGCCAGCGCUCCCGCUCUCCGUCCCGCUCAAGAGACAGAGACCACAAACACGGCAGGUCCCGGCCCAAGCACGGGAAGGAGGGACGGGACAAAGGCCACGGCCACAGGGACAGGAGCCGCAGCCGCAGCCGCUCCCCCAGGAGGACCAAGGACAAAGACAGGAGCAGAUACAGAUGAGGGAGGACGGUGAGGGACGGGACAUGUUCCCUGAUGUUUCAUUUGGUGUCUUUUGUGAGACUUCUGAGCUGCAUUCAGCAUGACCCAGCAUGUAAAUGCUAUCAGUCCAAACCACAGUCAUCUCAACUAUUAGAGAGAAAAAAAGAUAGAAAAAAAAGAACUGAAAUGGAAAAAUGUUGUUUUUUAUAUGGAUAUUAAAAAUUCACCACAGCGUGUUAUUUUGUCUUAUCAAUUCUUCAUUUCACUCAGUACCAUGACAGACUUACCCGUCAGUACGUUGUCGACUUCCUCUCCUUCUUGCCCUUCCUCUUUCACACUGCCUGAUUUAGAACAAAAGUGGUAGAUGAUUAAUAUUCCACCUUUAACUUUCUGACUGGUGGGUUUUUUUUGUUUUUUUUUCAUAAAAUGUCGAGAUGGAAACUUAACUGGGUGGAGAGAGUCUCCUAGGGGCUGAGGGAAUUCACUGGUGUCUCCCACCACCCACCUCAUGAAGCCAGGGUGAUUACUAUCUCAGCUUCUCGUGACACAAACUCAAAAGAUUUACUUUUAAGUUUUAGGCAACGCCAAGAGGAGCCUUUUAAAUGUGACGUGAUUAGAGAGGUUCACAAAACAGAUUGUAGCUGAAACUUUUGAAAUGGUUUGUAAAAAUGAAAUCACGUCUAGCUGUCGUGAUAUACAGAUAUAUACAUGAUAUAUCAGAAUACAGUUUGGGCCGACAGCUCCUUUAAGUCCCAGAUCUGGAUGUGGGUGAAUUGUUAAAGUAGAAUAAAGGUCGCUUUAAGUGUAAACAGGAAAUACAGGAGCUAUGAAAGAGGUGUGUCUAAUGUAUACAAGGAUUGGGCGAGGUUUGAACCGUUAGGAAAAGUUGCAGAGCUGGGCACAAUCUUCCAGUCUGACAACAUGGAUGGAAAGUAAUAAAAGUUAAAAUCAAAUGUAUCAAGAGACAUAAUAUGUUAGAUAUCUAAUUGAAAGGUAUUUGAAUAAAUUUGAUCUCUGUA